AUGUCCAAGUCGAUGAACUCGCCGACGGCGCGCCUGCUCCAAUCCUCACGCCUGUUCUCCCUACCGCGACCUCUCCCCCAGCCCGCUUUGGAGACGGCCACCUCAACUGGAGUGUAUCGCGCAUCCGACUCAGCCACUCUCCCAUAUCCAACGUAUCAGGCUAUAGCGUCACCAGCGUCGUCGCGAUUUCGAGGAGAUUGGGGUCUCAAACGUGCCCUCCCAGCCAAAUCGACAAGAUCAUCGACGCCUCACAUUAGGGUCAAGGCGCAUGACAACUUCGCCCACAUUACCGAUUUCGAGAGCGCAGCAGACCAUACUCAGACAGAGGCGAAAUGGCGACAGAUGGGCAUUCCUUUGGUGGUACGCGAGAGAAAAGGCUACUCCAACGAGGCGACUACGACCGGCAGCGCAUACGAUGACCACAUAGACAACACGGAUCCCGAGGCAGUGUUUUCUGCCCAGCAGAAUGCAAGACCGGAUAACCCUGGAUCGGUGCAGUGGAAGAGGUGGAAGUCUGACAGUCCUUGGCUGGCGGGCAUGCAGCCAGGAGAAUUCGAGAUCUAUGUUGAGAAGCGACUAAAGUCUCGACAAGGAGAGUUCCAGAAGUUCAUGAUCGAAAGACUGGCGCAACAACGAGUACGUGAUGAAGAGAGAAGACACCGCGACCUGGGCCAGCGACGAGCGCUUUCCCGAUCUCAAAGGAGUACUAUUCUGCAAGACGUCGUCACAAACUACGAGGCGGAAAUGAAGAGGCUGCGUGACGACCAUACUGUUCAGAGUCUGGCUUCUGAACUGACAUCAGCUAUUUGCGACUUCCUCGGUCUUACAGGAGUGCAAGAUUCGACGGAGAACCAAGUGAAUGCAAAGACCGAGCGGCUAAAGAACACUCUCGCCAACAUAUCCUCCGAAUCGAACGCGCCGCCCUCAACACAUCCCGCUGCUGGCUUAUCUCACAUUCGCACAAACGCCAUCAUGGAGAACCAUCCCUUCUGGGGCCCUCAAGCUCAAGGCUCCCCGGUGCUCGCCCGCGUGGUGCGGCCUCGCCACACUGCUCACGGCUCCGAACCCAGAGCUAAGCUCGGUGUCGGUGGAGUUGUGGCCAACGACGACAGCACUCAAACUUCCGCUGCUUGGCAAGACAACCGCUUGAAGGCGCUGGAUUUCGAAAACACGCCGAUCGAGCAAUUCUACGAGAACACUCAGCGGAUGACUGAGCACAUCGAGGUCGACCUCCCUGGCGGGAACAAAGUCUGGGUUCAUCCAGAGUCGGCGACCGUCGACGAUCAAGGUCGCAUCCAACUCAAAGUCCGGAGAGGGGAUAGCGAGGCCAUUGCCAUUGCUCGAGAUGACGUUGAGGCCAUUCACGAAGCCAAACGUGCGGCUUUGAGACAGGCACCAUCGAUGCCGCCAGCUCGCGGUACUGCUGCCAAUGCUAACUACGGGUACAGUCUUCCAGAUACAAGAUACGGGCCACCCAAGUCGCGUGUGCAAGGUUUCGAUGACAUGCUGAGCAGAAGUCCUCGAUCAAGUCGAUCAGCUGAUGCGAGUGCAUUGGACAAGAUCAAGGAUCUGGCUGGAGGUUUUGGAAGAAAAUAG